AUGAGCUUCUGCAUGUGGAAAGAUUUGAAUGAACUUGAAGAGCUGCAGAGGAAAGAAAGGAGAUGUGUGGAGAUUUUAAAAGAGCAAACGGCCAAAGUUUUCCAAGCUCAUCGUUUGCAUCAUCUUCUCAGUACAAAGCAGUGCCCAGGGGUCUUUAACUCUCCAUUCAGACAAGCCCCCCAUGAGAUGGAGCUGCUGCUGAGGCAGGUCAAGUACCAGGCCCCCGCCAGGCUCACCCCCAGGGACAGGGUUUUUCUGUUGGGCACGCCUGGCCCAGCAGCCCCCAAUUUUCCUGAGACCCUUGGAUCCCCAUGGAUUAAAAGCAAAUGUUCAGAAAGCUCCUCAAGACCCAUACUGCCCCCCAUUGUCGGCAAGAAACCACAGGGUUUGCUCAGAGAGCCAGGACAAGUGUGGGAGCAACGCAUCUAUUGCCCUAAACUGUCUUCGCACCUUCAGACCUCAUAUACACUCCUGGAGAAUGUGCAGAAUGACCUGCGUCAACACAACAGCAGUGCGUUUACAAAGCCUAUUUAUGCCAACAAGACAGCAACUGAUAAGUACAGCAACUGA